CUGCUACUUUUCAACGCAUUCUUGAGGUUGAUUCAUUUACAUGCUUGAUCUGUCAUCCUUGUGGGACAUAUGACUUUCUACAAAGAAGCGCACAGGAUCCUUUGGGUGUCUUAUGUUGCCCCUCCCUGCCACACAGGGAUAAUCUGAGACGAAUCAAAUCAAGUGAGGCCAAGGGAUUGACUUUCCACAGGCUGGAAAGGAGAAGACAACGUCAGCGCUGUGGAGAUUGAUGUCAGAAAUGUUGGAAACUGCAACUGUGAGCCAUUUGAGUUUGUAGAUGCAGAUUGCAAGCAUCUAGCCUCACUUACUACAGGCUCUGCUAUGACUGUGGAUGUGAGUCAGUGUGACAGUUCUUAUGGCAUCCCAUGUAAAGACAACAGGUGGAGCUCUGAUGGAAUACAUCAGAGCCCCCAGGGCGAAGUACACGAUAGUAGGAGAAGCUAUACGUUAUGUCGUCCCUGGACAUAUGCAAUGUUCAAUUGGAUGUGGAGGUCCAGCCUGCAAGUAUGACAACCCACAUUACUGGAGUGAUAACCAGCAGGCCAUAACAGGCCUCUACUCAUCAUGGAUCACUGAUCAUCUCCUGGCAAUGUCCAGACCAUCAACAGAAAUCAUUGAGAAGUAUCACAUCAUCGAUCAAUUCAGAAGGGAUGGUAUUAAGACAGUGAUCAACCUACAGAUACCUGGUGAACAUGCCAGCUGCGGAAACCCUCUGGAGCCAGAAAGCGGCUUCUCAUACCGCCCAGAGGUCUUCAUGGAAAACAACAUUUAUUUCUACAAUUUUGGCUGGAACGACUAUGGAGUGGCCAACCUCACAACUAUGCUGGACAUAGUGAAGGUCAUGGCCUUUGCACUGCAGGAAGGAAAGAUAGCAAUCCACUGUCAUGCUGGCCUCGGCAGAACAGGUGUGCUGAUAGCAUGUUUCUUGGCCUAUGCUACCAGGAUGACUGCUAACCAGUCUAUUUUAUUUGUUCGUGCUAAACGCCCCAAUUCCAUCCAGACCCGAGGCCAGUUGGGAUGUGUCAGAGACUUUGUCCAGUUCCUUGCCCCUUUGAGGAGUGUAUUUUCCUGUGCUGAGCCCCGAUUCAACCCAGUCACCCUGUCCCAGUAUCUGAACCGCCAAAGACACAUAUUGCAUGGCAAUGAGAGGAAGGAGCUGAGGAACCUGCCAAAGAUUGUCCGGCUAGUGUCUAGGCUGCUGUUGGACAUUGCAGAGAAUCGACAAGUGAUUGAGGAAGACAUUCUGGUGGCCCCUGAUGUUGAAGACAUAGAGACGACUCUGAGCGUCAUUGAGAAGAUGGGCCCAGAGUAUUUUUUAAAGGGGCCUCGCUUACCAGGUGCGCCCACAUUACCCAGGCAUUUUAACGAGCCACCCAUUUUCUACCAUCGCAAAAGUCUGAGCUACAGUGAGUCAGACUUGACACAACGCGGCUCACAGCUCAACCUUCUCACACAACCUCUAGGUCCCAUGUCACAGAGCAAUGUUGAAUUGUCAAUUACCCCAUGUGACCAGGCAACUCAGAUUAAAGGUUGGAAUAGCAACAUGUCUGACGUUUCACACGGCAAAACAGGCUCCCUCUGGCAAAUCAAGAAUUUAGAAAACCAAACAGAUGGAUCCAUUGUGCUGAAAAAAGCCAAGCAGAGCACCAUCCAGCGUUGUGGGUCUAUGGGAAACAAUGACUCUACCAAAAAAUGUAACUUUUUAUCCAGGUGGAAGGAUGAGCAGAGGGAAGUGGUAGUAAUGAAUGGUAAGAAGCCUGGAGAAAAGAGAGAAGAGGAUCUAUCAGAGGUGCCCUUCAUCACCCUGCAGUCGGAGUUGUCCCUGGAAGCCCGGAGGCUGCUAGUGGCUCAGGCCCUGGCAGUGGACUUUUUUCUCGAUGGUGGAGAAGAGCACAAGGACAGCAUCUUGGCUUGGCAGGCAGAAUUGAACCUAGGUGGUGGCUGGGAGAGGCUGUACAUGGAGCGGGAUCCCUUCAUCCUCACUGGGCUCAUGUGGGCCUGGCUGGAGCAGCUCAAAGAGCCGGUCAUAUCCAUCCAGGAAGCCAAAGCCCUGGACCCCAACAACACUGACGCUCAAACUGUCCUCAACACACUGGACAAGGCCUGUUUACAAACUUUAACGUCAAUACUAGAUUGUAUGGCUCAUAUGCAGCACAUACCAGAAGAAGUUGAAAAUGCUUUCCUGAAUCGUACAAUCAAGGCUUUUACCUGGAUGAAAAAUAUCUCAGAAGAUGAAAGCAAAGUGUACAAGUCCAUGAAUGCAGUCCUAAGAUGUGUCCUUGAGGAAAUGAGGAGAAUCGCCAAAGAAAAGGAAGAGAUGGCAACGAGUCAAAUGUGUUCCUUCGAUUAAACAUAUUUACUACCAGACAUGUAAAUGUAAUGCACUGCCUGUACUUCCAUGUGGAUGCAUGAGAAAGAAAUGAUGCUUUUGUGCCUUAAGAUAAAAAGGAUUAAAUGUGUAAAAAUAAUAAUAACAACUCUUUAAAGACGUUUUUCCUUUUUAUUUUCUUUGGUUUCAGCAUGAAUGUACAGUAUAUUGAAUAUUGUCAUUAAUGCAGAACUAACACACCUCAGUAUUUUCUUACCUCAGUAGUGAGUGGCGCUAACAUAUUGAAGAACAGGUGAAUAUAUUUUGCAAACAUCAUGCCUUAAGACCUGUUUUAUUUAACGGCUCCAAAAGCAGAGUGGAAACACAUUAUACCCUAAUUAUACCAUUGUUAACAAGUAUGUGUUUCACAUUGUAUCGAUGCCUUUCCCAUAACAUGGUGUUUCUCAUCUGUUAUAAGUGUUAUAUUCUGGUUUCUCGGAACAUACAUGAACCAAAAAACAUCCGUCUGCAUAUAUAACAAACAACAAUAAAAGCAAAUGUAACUCCUCCCAGUAUGUUGUGCAAAC